AUGGGGAAGACGAAACCGCACGGCAAAAAGUCCAAGAACAGCGGCAGCAAGAAGCCCAAGAUGACCGCCGAACAACUCCUCGCCCAGGCCACCGCCCUGCUCCAGACCUCGCAGCCGGACGAGGCCCUCGUCGCCGCGCGCCGCGCCUUUGCGAUGCUGCACUCCGAUCCCGACAACACCGCGCCCACGCCCGCCGCGCUGCCGGCGUUGAACUUGCUAGGCGAGAUCAACGUCGAGCUAGGCGACAUCGACACGGCGCGCGAGUACUUCCUGGUGGCUGCGGCGCUCGACGACGAAGGGAAAAUUCCCGAGGCUGCAGGCGGCGGUGCAGAGAAGUUUAUGUGGCUGGCGCAGCUGUGCGAGGAGGGUGGCGCCGAGAGCGUGGCUUGGUUUGAUAAAGGUGCCGAGGUGCUGCGCAAGGAGAUCGCCGAGCUGGAAGCGCUCAAGACCGCCGGUCCUGAAAGGGACGUGGCACUGGAUGAGAAGAAGAGGAAGCUAGCGAAUGCGCUUUGCGGCGUUGUGGAGGUUUACAUGACGGAUCUCUCAUGGGAGGAGGAUGCGGAGCAGAGGUGCGAAGCACUCAUCACCGAAGCACUACUCGUGCACCCGAACAACCCGGAGUCGCUCCAAACGCUCGCAUCGGUCAGGAUAUCACAACUCAGGCACGACGAGGCACGCAACGCAUUGAAGAUGAGCAUGGACUUGUGGAAAGAUUUGAAGCCCGAGGACCCCAAGGUCCCCGACUUCCCCGUGCGAAUCAGUUUGUCUAGACUGUUGAUGGAGUCGGAGCUGGAAGAUGAAGCUUUGGAGGUGCUGGAAAGGCUAAUCCUGGAGGACGAUCAGAGUGUGGAGGCUUGGUACUUGGGGGGAUGGUGCCUGCAUCUGAUGGCGGAAAAGAAGAAGGGAUCAGAGGGCGAGGAAAUGGUCAAGGGGCUGCUGAAAUCCAGCAGACAGUGGCUCACCAACAGCCUGCGGCUGUACCAGCUGCUGGAAUACGAGGAUGAGCGUCUGAAGGACCAUGCGGAGGAGCUGGUGGCGGGGAUCAACAAGAUCCUGGGGCCGCCGGUGGAGGGCGAGGACGAAGCGGAGGAGUGGGAGGACGCAGCCGGGAGUGACUCGGACGAGGAAAUGCAGGGAACGUGA